ACUUUCAGUGACGAUAAAAGUGGCCGCGGAUCAAGUUGUUCUGCAAAACUUUCCAUACAUAUCAUAUAUUGUACAUAUAGCCGUCGGAUUAGUUGACCCACAAGCAACAACAACAAAAUAGAACCAUGCUGUCACAGAACUGGCGACUCGGCCGGGGAUUUGUUAAUUACGGAGUUUGCCGCCAGAGCUUGAGAAACUUUGCAGCCGCUGGCGAUAAAAACAAAGGCCCCGAUAAUGCCAGCGAUGUGGACGAGCGACACCCCCUACAUGGCAUCCGGAUUUUGGACCUAUCCCGCAUAAUCGCCGGUCCCUAUUGCACCAUGGUUCUGGCGGACCUCGGGGCGGAGGUCAUCAAGGUGGAGCGUCCCCACUUUGGCGACGAGGCCAGGAAGUGGGGACCCCCGUUCCUGGAGAACAGCAAAGAUGCCGCCUAUUUCCUGGCCCCGAAUCGCAACAAGCGGAGCAUCUGCAUUGAUAUUAAGCGCGGCACUCAACUUCUUCACAAGCUGGCCGAGAUUAGUGAUGUGCUGGUGGAGAACUAUGUGCCAGGUACUUUGGAGCGCUAUGGCUUGGGCUACGAACAGUUGAGGAAGGUCAACCCAAAGCUGAUCUAUUGCUCGAUGACGGGCUAUGGCUCCGUGGGUCCGUAUUCCAAGCGUCCGGGCUACGAUGUGAUUGCCUCCUCGGUGGGUGGACUGAUGCACAUCACCGGGGAGCGGGAUGGACCGCCCAGCAAGGUGGGCGUGGCCGUGACGGACAUGUCCACGGGGCUCUACGCCCAUGGAGCCAUUCUGGCAGCCCUCUAUCAAAGGACACGCACUCAGCGAGGCCAGAAGAUCGAGGUGGAUCUGCUGUCCACCUGCUGCUCCCUGUUGCUCAACGUGGGCAGUAACUACUUGAACUCCGGAGUCGAAGCGGGAAGGAUGGGCACUGCCCACUCGAGCAUAGUUCCGUACCAGAGCUUUAAGACCAAGGAUGGCUAUCUUACUCUGGGCACUGGCAGUGAUGUUCAGUUCGAGGAUCUGUGUCGUCGCUUGAAGGUGGAACAUUUGCCGCAGGAUCCAAAGUUUAAGACCAACAAAGAUCGUGUCUUGAAUCGAAAGGAACUUAUAGGUUUCCUAGAAGCAAUGCUAGCUGAGGACACUUCCCGCAACUGGAUGAAGCUCUUCGAGGGGGCCUCUUUUCCCGUGGGACCUGUGAACUCCAUUCCUGAGGUUUUCGAGGACGAGCACAUCAAAGCCAUUGGCUUGGUUAAGAGCCUUCGGCAUCCGAAAGACGGAACCGUUAAGGUAGUGGGUCCCCCUGUGGUCUUUAGUGAAGCGCGCAAUGAUGCCCGAACAGCUCCUCCGAUUCUGGGACAGCAUACGGAUGAAGUGCUGGGGGAACUAUUGGGCUAUGGGCCGGAGCAGCUGGCCAAGCUGAAGAAGGAUAACAUUAUUCAGUAACCGCAGAAAAUUAUCCUAGUUCUCAGAUCCUUUAGAUCCUCAGUUUUUCGACUAAAUAUUUUAGUGAUAACCAAGUAUUUAUCGUAAAAACGUCUAUUAAAAUCAUAGUGAAAUAUGAUUAUUUACAUUACAUUCUUAUUGAAAUUUUUGUUUUUAUCUGGUUAGGGUCAAAAUGUGUAAUUGUUCUAUUAUUUUAGUAUUGAGAAAAUCAUUAGCAACAGUUAACAAGAUGCGAUUUCCUACUUGGGGUCGGAAGACUAUAAAAAAUGCAUAGAUUACUUUUCGCACAAUCAUUUUUGCGUCAUAAUUAUUAAAUUCUCCUAGUCUACAAAUAAGAAGCCUCUUCGAAGAUUCUAAUUUUUACCGCAAAGGUACAAAGUUCAACCUAUUUUUUAAUAAUCUGGUUGUGCCAGCACUCAAAGCUUUAAUCUUAAACAAGUAAGACUCCAAGUAAGAUAUUAGAAUAAAGAUCGAAAUUAUGCUAAAUUGGCUUGGUAGUUUCCUGUAUGGUAGUUACAUGAUGUGCAAACGAGUUUUAGGUAUGACUUGCGGAAUUAUAUAAUGGGGCGUUUGGAAAAUUUUGUAUUAAUCAUUUUAGUACUAAGCGAGCAAUGGAGAAUUAUUCUAUACAUAUGAACCUACCCACUUUACAGAGUAGUAAUAUAUGGGCCACUCAGUGAACUUCGGUGGUUUACAAUCUAUACUAAGUUGCAAUGCCACCUUCAAAGGUAAAAUAAAUGAUAAAAACUAUACGUUACAUAAUAAUAUAUAUAUAUAUAUAUCUACAUUUUGAAAAUCAUUUUGAUAUGUAUGCAAGAUGGUAAACUUAAAUAAUCCUAUAUUGGUUUGGGAA